UCUACGUAUCUACCUAUCUACCUAUCUAUCUAUCUAUCUAUCUAUCUAUCUAUCUAUCUAUCUAUCUAUCUAUCUAUCUAUCUAUCUAUCUAUCUAUCUAUCUAUCUAUCUAUCUACCUACCCAUCUACCUAUCUACCUACCCGCCUCGCGCCUGCUGCCCUCCCCCCCGGCCCGCCCCCGGGCCGGUGUACCAACUUCCGCUUCCCAUACCCUUCCCAAGGCCUUUUUUCUUCCCUCUCCUCGCCCCAAGCCCUCCCAGAUCCAAGCCGGGCUUUUUUUUUUUCCUUUUUCAUGCUAAUCAGGCGGGACUCGAACCCGACACCUCUUUGUUUUCCAGUUAAUUACCAAUUCAAUGCUUAUGCCAAUUGCGCUAUCCCGGCUCGGUUACAAAUUCAAUGGUUUUUUUGUAUGUUAUUCAUAUGCAAAUCAAAUUCUUGCCCCUCAUUGGCUGUUGAAAAUAAUGACAUCAUGAACCUUCGGCCCAGAGGUCCCUGAGGUUCCACAGGUCCCAGAACCAAAACAAACCAAAGUUUACCAAACAUAAUGGAAACUGUAGCCUUGUCGGCUUUGCAAAAAGCUUCUGUUCAUUGGAUUCUUGUAUCUUUCUGAACGCUCGUACAUUUAAAAAAAGCACUUAGCGCUUUCACGCUUUUCCGACGGGCAAUUUUGAUCUUCGCUGUACGUUUUGUAUGACAUUAAAAUACUUGAAAUGUCCGUCGGUGCGUUUGCUUUCAGUUGUGAUCACAAGAAACAGCUUCUGUACGGUUAAGAGUGAUCAACAUCAAUUUACAUUCUCGCUAUAUAUCCUACCACUGAACAGUAUCAAUCAUAAAAGGCUGAAAAUAGAGGAAACUGCUCAGCAGGGGAAAACAUUGUGAUUUCUAAUCAAAUUCUCCUCGUUAGCGCCAGAUGAACGGUAAAGGAAUGAGUAUGGAGAAUGUACAUGUUAAUCUCACGCCAUUUACAAGUGUUCCUGCAACAAGCAAAAUUGAUCUGAUAAAUGAAAAACGCGAAGGUUAUGUCACUUUUGAUGGAUUUGGAGCCAGCAAUAUGACCCUUCGAAAACAAGAAAAACUGCGUUCUUCUCUAACUAGGCAACUACAGUACCCUAGUCUGAAUCUUGUACCCUUAUAACUGCAAUAGGAAAUCUGCAAGUAGCACUGUAAAUCAUACUAAAAUGCUACCGAUGCGACCGAAAACUUGUAAUAGAAUCAUGAAAUCAGACUGAAAGAUCAAAACAAGGUAAUAUCCUGCGUGUCCUACGGCAGGUGAAAGACGUUUUUUCCAGAAUGAAAUGUACUUACAUCCUCUUACUUGAGACAUCACAAGAGUCCCAGGGACAUUUCCAGGAGAUCUCCAUCAGUUUCGAACUUGACCCAAAAGUCAUUUGACAAGAUGAACCAAACAAACAUUGUUUGGCCCGCCUAUUGACGUUUAGAAAUUCCAUCAGGUCGUGUUUCUUUCGCAGGCAAGGUUAAUUCAAGCUAUUUCCAAUCCAAUCUUAAAAUCAGGCUGUUAAAUGUCCCCAAGGCCCAUGACUAAUAAAGAAAAUUCUCCAACUUCAGAGCAAGAACCGUUUGGAACUUUAUGGUCUAUUUAUCCACUGCAUUAAAGAAAAGGAAAGUGCUAUAGUAGACUAACUCGCGAAGUUGAAUGUGGGAAAAAGCGUCCUGAGGGUCUCAAGGUGCGGAGAAGUUGAUCCCAAGUAAUAACAACAGUAUAAUCAUAAAUUUCGCUUGUUUCUUCGCACACGUCCUUUUUUCCCGUUUUUUUCUUACGCGAAUGCAUCCUUUUCUAAAAGUGCUUGUUUGGAGUCAAGAAUUUUAUAAAAGUAUGAAGAAAAAAAAUUAUGCUGAGCAGCAAAACCCUCCCCGGGUCUAGCCUGCGAGCAAGGUCUCUCACUGCCCCACCCCACCCAAUCGUCCCCCCAAUCCCGGCAGCAAGAGACCUUGCUCGCAGGCUAGACCCCCCCCUCCCUUCCCCUUCCCUUCCCUUCCCCAUCCCUCCCUCCCCUUCCCUUCCCUCCCUCCUCCCAUCCCUCCGCCCUCUACCUAUCUACCUACCCCCCUCUACGUAUCUACCUAUCUAUCUAUCUAUCUAUCUAUCUAUCUAUCUAUCUAUCUAUCUAUCUAUCUAUCUAUCUAUCUAUCUAUCUAUCUAUCUAUCUAUCUAUCUAUCUAUCUAUCUAUCUAUCUAUCUAUCUACCCAUCUACCUAUCUACCUACCCGCCUCGCGCCUGCUGCCCCCCCCGGCCCGCCCCCCGGGCCGGUGUACCAACUUCCGCUUCCCAUACCCUUCCCAAGGCCUUUUUUUCUUCCCUCUCCUCGCCCCAAGCCCUCCCAGAUCCAAGCCGGGCUUUUUUUUUUUUUUCCUUUUUCAUGCUAAUCAGGCGGGACUCGAACCCGACACCUCUUUGUUUUCCAGUUAAUUACCAAUUCAAUGCUUAUGCCAAUUGCGCUAUCCCGGCUCGGUUACAAAUUCAAUGUUUUUUUUGUAUGUUAUUCAUAUGCAAAUCAAAUUCUUGCCCCUCAUUGGCUGUUGAAAAUAAUGACAUCAUGAACCUUUGGCCCAGAGGUCCCUGAGGUUCCACAGGUCCAAGAACCAAAACAAACCAAAGUUUACCAAACAUAAUGGAAACUGUAGCCUUGUCGGCUUUGCAAAAAGCUUCUGUUCAUUGGAUUCUUGUAUCUUUCUGAACGCUCGUACAUUUAAAAAAAGCACUUAGCGCUUUCACGCUUUUCCGACGGGCAAUUUUGAUCUUCGCUGUACGUUUUGUAUGACAUUAAAAUACUUGAAAUGUCCGUCGGUGCGUUUGCUUUCAGUUGUGAUCACAAGAAACAGCUUCUGUACGGUUAAGAGUGAUCAACAUCAAUUUACAUUCUCGCUAUAUAUCCUAUCACUGAACAGUAUCAAUCAUAAAAGGCUGAAAAUAGAGGAAACUGCUCAGCAGGGGAAAACAUUGUGAUUUCUAAUCAAAUUCUCCUCGUUAGCGCCAGAUGAACGGUAAAGGAAUGAGUAUGGAGAAUGUACAUGUUAAUCUCACGCCAUUUACAAGUGUUCCUGCAACAAGCAAAAUUGAUCUGAUAAAUGAAAAACGCGAAGGUUAUGUCACUUUUGAUGGAUUUGGAGCCAGCAAUAUGACCCUUCGAAAACAAGAAAAACUGCGUUCUUCUCCAACUAGGCAACUACAGUACCCUAGUCUGAAUCUUGUACCCUUAUAACUGCAAUAGGAAAUCUGCAAGUAGCACUGUAAAUCAUACUAAAAUGCUACCGAUGCGACCGAAAACUUGUAAUAGAAUCAUGAAAUCAGACUGAAAGAUCAAAACAAGGUAAUAUCCUGCGUGUCCUACGGCAGGUGAAAGACGUUUUUUCCAGAAUGAAAUGUACUUACAUCCUCUUACUUGAGACAUCACAAGAGUCCCAGGGACAUUUCCAGGAGAUCUCCAUCAGUUUCAAACUUGACCCAAAAGUCAUUUGACAAGAUGGACCAAACAAACAUUGUUUGGCCGGCCUAUUGACGUUUAGAAAUUCCAUCAGGUCGUGUUUCUUUUCGCAGGCAAGGUUAAUUCAAGCUAUUUCCAAUCCAAUCUUAAAAUCAGGCUGUUAAAUGUCCCCAAGGCCCAUGACUAAUAAAGAAAAUUCUCCAACUUCAGAGGAAGAACCGUUUGGAACUUUAUGGUCUAUUUAUCCACUGCAUUAAAGAAAAGGAAAGUGCUAUAGUAGACUAACUCGCGAAGUUGAAUGUGGGAAAAAGCGUCCUGAGGGUCUCAAGGUGCGGAGAAGUUGAUCCCAAGUAAUACCAACAGUAUAAUCAUAAAUUUCGCUUGUUUCUUCGCACACGUCCUUUUUUUCCCGUCUUUUUUUUUCUUACGCGAAUGCAUCCUUUUCUAAAAGUGCUUGUUUGGAGUCAAGAAUUUCAUAAAAGUAUGAAGAAAAAAAAUUAUGCUGAGCAGCAAAACCCUCCCCGGGUCUAGCCUGCGAGCAAGGUCUCUCACUGCCCCACCCCACCCAAUCGUCCCCCCAAUCCCGGCAGCAAGAGACCUUGCUCGCAGGCUAGACCCCCUCCCCCCUUCCCUUCCCUUCCCUUCCCUCCCCCAUCCCCCCUCCCUCCCUCCCUCCUCCCUUCCCUCCCUCCCCCUCCUCCCAUCCCUCCGCCGUAUCUACCUAUCUACCCUAUCUAUCUAUAUCUAUCUAUCUAUCUAUCUAUCUAUCUAUCUAUCUAUCUAUCUAUCUAUAUAUCUAUCUAUCUAUCUAUCUAUCUAUCUAUCUAUCUAUCUACCCAUCUACCUAUCUACCUACCCGCCUCGCGCCUGCCCUGCCCCGCCCCCCCCCCCCCCCCCCGCCCCGGGCCGGUGUACCAACUUCCGCUUCCCAUACCCUUCCCAAGGCCUUUUUCUUCCCUCUCCUCGCCCCAAGCCCCCCCCAGAUCCAAGCCGGGCUUUUUUCUUUUUUUUCCUUUUUCAUGCUAAUCAGGCGGGACUCGAACCCGACACCUCUUUGUUUUCCAGUUAAUUACCAAUUCAAUGCUUAUGCCAAUUGCGCUAUCCCGGCUCGGUUACAAAUUCAAUGGUUUUUUUUGUAUGUUAUUCAUAUGCAAAUCAAAUUCUUGCCCCUCAUUGGCUGUUGAAAAUAAUGACAUCAUGAACCUUCGGCCCAGAGGUCCCUGAGGUUCCACAGGUCCAAGAACCAAAACAAACCAAAGUUUACCAAACAUAAUGGAAACUGUAGCCUUGUCGGCUUUGCAAAAAGCUUCUGUUCAUUGGAUUCUUGUAUCUUUCUGAACGCUCGUACAUUUAAAAAAGCACUUAGCGCUUUCACGCUUUUCCGACGGGCAAUUUUGAUCUUCGCUGUACGUUUUGUAUGACAUUAAAAUACUUGAAAUGUCCGUCGGUGCGUUUGCUUUCAGUUGUGAUCACAAGAAACAGCUUCUGUACGGUUAAGAGUGAUCAACAUCAAUUUACAUUCUCGCUAUAUAUCCUAUCACUGAACAGUAUCAAUCAUAAAAGGCUGAAAAUAGAGGAAACUGCUCAGCAGGGGAAAACAUUGUGAUUUCUAAUCAAAUUCUCCUCGUUAGCGCCAGAUGAACGGUAAAGGAAUGAGUAUGGAGAAUGUACAUGUUAAUCUCACGCCAUUUACAAGUGUUCCUGCAACAAGCAAAAUUGAUCUGAUCAAUGAAAAACGCGAAGGUUAUGUCACUUUUGAUGGAUUUGGAGCCAGCAAUAUGACCCUUCGAAAACAAGAAAAACUGCGUUCUUCUCCAACUAGGCAACUACAGUACCCUAGUCUGAAUCUUGUACCCUUAUAACUGCAAUAGGAAAUCUGCAAGUAGCACUGUAAAUCAUACUAAAAUGCUACCGAUGCGACCGAAAACUUGUAAUAGAAUCAUGAAAUCAGACUGAAAGAUCAAAACAAGGUAAUAUCCUGCGUGUCCUACGGCAGGUGAAAGACGUUUUUUCCAGAAUGAAAUGUACUUACAUCCUCUUACUUGAGACAUCACAAGAGUCCCAGGGACAUUUCCAGGAGAUCUCCAUCAGUUUCAAACUUGACCCAAAAGUCAUUUGACAAGAUGGACCAAACAAACAUUGUUUGGCCGGCCUAUUGACGUUUAGAAAUUCCAUCAGGUCGUGUUUCUUUCGCAGGCAAGGUUAAUUCAAGCUAUUUCCAAUCCAAUCUUAAAAUCAGGCUGUUAAAUGUCCCCAAGGCCCAUGACUAAUAAAGAAAAUUCUCCAACUUCAGAGGAAGAACCGUUUGGAACUUUAUGGUCUAUUUAUCCACUGCAUUAAAGAAAAGGAAAGUGCUAUAGUAGACUAACUCGCGAAGUUGAAUGUGGGAAAAAGCGUCCUGAGGGUCUCAAGGUGCGGAGAAGUUGAUCCCAAGUAAUACCAACAGUAUAAUCAUAAAUUUCGCUUGUUUCUUCGCACACGUCCUUUUUUCCCGUCUUUUUCUUACGCGAAUGCAUCCUUUUCUAAAAGUGCUUGUUUGGAGUCAAGAAUUUCAUAAAAGUAUGAAGAAAAAAAAUUAUGCUGAGCAGCAAAACCCUCCCCGGGUCUAGCCUGCGAGCAAGGUCUCUCACUGCCCCACCCCACCCAAUCGUCCCCCCAAUCCCGGCAGCAAGAGACCUUGCUCGCAGGCUAGACCCCCCUCCCUUCCCUUCCCUUCCCCCUCCCAUCCCUCCCCUUCCCUUCCCUUCCCUCCCUCCUCCCAUCCCUCCGCCCUCUACCUAUCUACCUACCCCCCUCUACGUAUCUAUCUAUCUAUCUAUCUAUCUAUCUAUCUAUCUAUCUAUCUAUCUAUCUAUCUAUCUAUCUAUUAUCUAUCUAUCUAUCUACCUACCCAUCUACCUAUCUACCUACCCGCCUCGCGCCGCCUGCCCCCCCCGGCCCCCCCCGGGCCGGUGUACCAACUUCCGCUUCCCAUACCCUUCCCAAGGCCUUUUUUUUUCCCUCUCCUCGCCCCAAGCCCUCCCAGAUCCAAGCCGGGCUUUUUUUUUUUUUUUUUUUUCUUUUUCAUGCUAAUCAGGCGGGACUCGAACCCGACACCUCUUUGUUUUCCAGUUAAUUACCAAUUCAAUGCUUAUGCCAAUUGCGCUAUCCCGGCUCGGUUACAAAUUCAAUGGUUUUUUUUGUAUGUUAUUCAUAUGCAAAUCAAAUUCUUGCCCCUCAUUGGCUGUUGAAAAUAAUGACAUCAUGAACCUUCGGCCCAGAGGUCCCUGAGGUUCCACAGGUCCAAGAACCAAAACAAACCAAAGUUUACCAAACAUAAUGGAAACUGUAGCCUUGUCGGCUUUGCAAAAAGCUUCUGUUCAUUGGAUUCUUGUAUCUUUCUGAACGCUCGUACAUUAAAAAAAGCACUUAGCGCUUUCACGCUUUUCCGACGGGCAAUUUUGAUCUUCGCUGUACGUUUUGUAUGACAUUAAAAUACUUGAAAUGUCCGUCGGUGCGUUUGCUUUCAGUUGUGAUCACAAGAAACAGCUUCUGUACGGUUAAGAGUGAUCAACAUCAAUUUACAUUCUCGCUAUAUAUCCUAUCACUGAACAGUAUCAAUCAUAAAAGGCUGAAAAUAGAGGAAACUGCUCAGCAGGCGAAAACAUUGUGAUUUCUAAUCAAAUUCUCCUCGUUAGCGCCAGAUGAACGGUAAAGGAGUGAGUAUGGAGAAUGUACAUGUUAAUCUCACGCCAUUUACAAGUGUUCCUGCAACAAGCAAAAUUGAUCUGAUAAAUGAAAAACGCGAAAGUUAUGUCACUUUUGAUGGAUUUGGAGCCAGCAAUAUGACCCUUCGAAAACAAGAAAAAACUGCGUUCUUCUCCAACUAGGCAACUACAGUACCCUAGUCUGAAUCUUGUACCCUUAUAACUGCAAUAGGAAAUCUGCAAGUAGCACUGUAAAUCAUACUAAAAUGCUACCGAUGCGACCGAAAACUUGUAAUAGAAUCAUGAAAUCAGACUGAAAGAUCAAAACAAGGUAAUAUCCUGCGUGUCCUACGGCAGGUGAAAGACGUUUUUUCCAGAAUGAAAUGUACUUACAUCCUCUUACUUGAGACAUCACAAGAGUCCCAGGGACAUUUCCAGGAGAUCUCCAUCAGUUUCAAACUUGACCCAAAAGUCAUUUGACAAGAUGGACCAAACAAACAUUGUUUGGCCGGCCUAUUGACGUUUAGAAAUUCCAUCAGGUCGUGUUUUGUUUCGCAGGCAAGGUUAAUUCAAGCUAUUUCCAAUCCAAUCUUAAAAUCAGGCUGUUAAAUGUCCCCAAGGCCCAUGACUAAUAAAGAAAAUUCUCCAACUUCAGAGGAAGAACCGUUUGGAACUUUAUGGUCUAUUUAUCCACUGCAUUAAAGAAAAGGAAAGUGCUAUAGUAGACUAACUCGCGAAGUUGAAUGUGGGAAAAAGCGUCCUGAGGGUCUCAAGGUGCGGAGAAGUUGAUCCCAAGUAAUACCAACAGUAUAAUCAUAAAUUUCGCUUGUUUCUUCGCACACGUCCUUUUUUCCCGUUUUUUCUUAUGAAUGCAUCCUUUUCUAAAAGUGCUUGUUUGGAGUCAAGAAUUUCAUAAAAGUAUGAAGAAAAAAAAAAUUAUGCUGAGCAGCAAAACCCUCCCUGGGUCUAGCCUGCGAGCAAGGUCUCUCACUGCCCCACCCCACCCAAUCGUCCCCCAAUCCCGGCAGCAAGAGACCUUGCUCGCAGGCUACCCCCCCCCCCUUCCCUUCCCUUCCCCCUCCCCUCCCCCCCCCUCCCUUCCCUCCCUCCCUCCUCCCCCUCCCAUCCCUCCGCCCCUCCCAUCCCUCCCCCUCUAUCCUAUCUAUCUAUCUAUCUAUCUAUCUAUCUAUCUAUCUAUCUAUCUAUCUAUCUAUCUAUCUAUCUAUCUAUCUAUCUAUCUAUCUAUCUAUCUAUUUAUCUAUCUAUCUAUCUACCUACCCAUCUACCUAUCUACCUACCCGCCUCGCGCCUGCUGCCCUCCCCCCCGGCCCGCCCCCGGGCCGGUGUACCAACUUCCGCUUCCCAUACCCUUCCCAAGGCCUUUUUUCUUCCCUCUCCUCGCCCCAAGCCCUCCCAGAUCCAAGCCGGGCUUUUUUCUAUUUUUUUCCUUUUUCAUGCUAAUCAGGCGGGACUCGAACCCGACACCUCUUUGUUUUCCAGUUAAUUACCAAUUCAAUGCUUAUGCCAAUUGCGCUAUCCCGGCUCGGUUACAAAUUCAAUGGUUUUUUUGUAUGUUAUUCAUAUGCAAAUCAAAUUCUUGCCCCUCAUUGGCUGUUGAAAAUAAUGACAUCAUGAACCUUCGGCCCAGAGGUCCCUGAGGUUCCACAGGUCCAAGAACCAAAACAAACCAAAGUUUACCAAACAUAAUGGAAACUGUAGCCUUGUCGGCUUUGCAAAAAGCUUCUGUUCAUUGGAUUCUUGUAUCUUUCUGAACGCUCGUACAUUUAAAAAAAGCACUUAGCGCUUUCACGCUUUUCCGACGGGCAAUUUUGAUCUUCGCUGUACGUUUUGUAUGACAUUAAAAUACUUGAAAUGUCCGUCGGUGCGUUUGCUUUCAGUUGUGAUCACAAGAAACAGCUUCUGUACGGUUAAGAGUGAUCAACAUCAAUUUACAUUCUCGCUAUAUAUCCUAUCACUGAACAGUAUCAAUCAUAAAAGGCUGAAAAUAGAGGAAACUGCUCAGCAGGCGAAAACAUUGUGAUUUCUAAUCAAAUUCUCCUCGUUAGCGCCAGAUGAACGGUAAAGGAGUGAGUAUGGAGAAUGUACAUGUUAAUCUCACGCCAUUUACAAGUGUUCCUGCAACAAGCAAAAUUGAUCUGAUAAAUGAAAAACGCGAAAGUUAUGUCACUUUUGAUGGAUUUGGAGCCAGCAAUAUGACCCUUCGAAAACAAGAAAAAACUGCGUUCUUCUCCAACUAGGCAACUACAGUACCCUAGUCUGAAUCUUGUACCCUUAUAACUGCAAUAGGAAAUCUGCAAGUAGCACUGUAAAUCAUACUAAAAUGCUACCGAUGCGACCGAAAACUUGUAAUAGAAUCAUGAAAUCAGACUGAAAGAUCAAAACAAGGUAAUAUCCUGCGUGUCCUACGGCAGGUGAAAGACGUUUUUUCCAGAAUGAAAUGUACUUACAUCCUCUUACUUGAGACAUCACAAGAGUCCCAGGGACAUUUCCAGGAGAUCUCCAUCAGUUUCAAACUUGACCCAAAAGUCAUUUGACAAGAUGGACCAAACAAACAUUGUUUGGCCGGCCUAUUGACGUUUAGAAAUUCCAUCAGGUCGUGUUUCUUUCGCAGGCAAGGUUAAUUCAAGCUAUUUCCAAUCCAAUCUUAAAAUCAGGCUGUUAAAUGUCCCCAAGGCCCAUGACUAAUAAAGAAAAUUCUCCAACUUCAGAGGAAGAACCGUUUGGAACUUUAUGGUCUAUUUAUCCACUGCAUUAAAGAAAAGGAAAGUGCUAUAGUAGACUAACUCGCGAAGUUGAAUGUGGGAAAAAAGCGUCCUGAGGGUCUCAAGGUGCGGAGAAGUUGAUCCCAAGUAAUACCAACAGUAUAAUCAUAAAUUUCGCUUGUUUCUUCGCACACGUCCUUUUUUCCCGUCUUUUUCUUACGCGAAUGCAUCCUUUUCUAAAAGUGCUUGUUUGGAGUCAAGAAUUUCAUAAAAGUAUGAAGAAAAAAAAUUAUGCUGAGCAGCAAAACCCUCCCCGGGUCUAGCCUGCGAGCAAGGUCUCUCACUGCCCCACCCCACCCAAUCGUCCCCCAAUCCCGGCAGCAAGAGACCUUGCUCGCAGGCUAGACCCCCCCUUCCCUUCCCCCCUCCCCUCCCAUCCCUCCCCUUCCCUUCCCUCCCUCCUCCCAUCCCUCCGCCCUCUACCUAUCUACCUACCCCCCUCUACGUAUCUAUCUAUCUAUCUAUCUAUCUAUCUAUCUAUCUAUCUAUCUAUCUAUCUAUCUAUCUAUCUAUCUAUCUAUCUAUUUAUCUAUCUAUCUAUCUACCUACCCAUCUACCUAUCUACCUACCCGCCUCGCGCCUGCUGCCCUCCCCCCCGGCCCGCCCCCGGGCCGGUGUACCAACUUCCGCUUCCCAUACCCUUCCCAAGGCCUUUUUUCUUCCCUCUCCUCGCCCCAAGCCCUCCCAGAUCCAAGCCGGGCUUUUUUCUAUUUUUUUCCUUUUUCAUGCUAAUCAGGCGGGACUCGAACCCGACACCUCUUUGUUUUCCAGUUAAUUACCAAUUCAAUGCUUAUGCCAAUUGCGCUAUCCCGGCUCGGUUACAAAUUCAAUGGUUUUUUUGUAUGUUAUUCAUAUGCAAAUCAAAUUCUUGCCCCUCAUUGGCUGUUGAAAAUAAUGACAUCAUGAACCUUCGGCCCAGAGGUCCCUGAGGUUCCACAGGUCCAAGAACCAAAACAAACCAAAGUUUACCAAACAUAAUGGAAACUGUAGCCUUGUCGGCUUUUGCAAAAAAGCUUCUGUUCAUUGGAUUCUUGUAUCUUUCUGAACGCUCGUACAUUUAAAAAAAGCACUUAGCGCUUUCACGCUUUUCCGACGGGCAAUUUUGAUCUUCGCUGUACGUUUUGUAUGACAUUAAAAUACUUGAAAUGUCCGUCGGUGCGUUUGCUUUCAGUUGUGAUCACAAGAAACAGCUUCUGUACGGUUAAGAGUGAUCAACAUCAAUUUACAUUCUCGCUAUAUAUCCUAUCACUGAACAGUAUCAAUCAUAAAAGGCUGAAAAUAGAGGAAACUGCUCAGCAGGCGAAAACAUUGUGAUUUCUAAUCAAAUUCUCCUCGUUAGCGCCAGAUGAACGGUAAAGGAGUGAGUAUGGAGAAUGUACAUGUUAAUCUCACGCCAUUUACAAGUGUUCCUGCAACAAGCAAAAUUGAUCUGAUAAAUGAAAAACGCGAAAGUUAUGUCACUUUUGAUGGAUUUGGAGCCAGCAAUAUGACCCUUCGAAAACAAGAAAAACUGCGUUCUUCUCCAACUAGGCAACUACAGUACCCUAGUCUGAAUCUUGUACCCUUAUAACUGCAAUAGGAAAUCUGCAAGUAGCACUGUAAAUCAUACUAAAAUGCUACCGAUGCGACCGAAAACUUGUAAUAGAAUCAUGAAAUCAGACUGAAAGAUCAAAACAAGGUAAUAUCCUGCGUGUCCUACGGCAGGUGAAAGACGUUUUUUUUUCCAGAAUGAAAUGUACUUACAUCCUCUUACUUGAGACAUCACAAGAGUCCCAGGGACAUUUCCAGGAGAUCUCCAUCAGUUUCAAACUUGACCCAAAAGUCAUUUGACAAGAUGGACCAAACAAACAUUGUUUGGCCGGCCUAUUGACGUUUAGAAAUUCCAUCAGGUCGUGUUUCUUUCGCAGGCAAGGUUAAUUCAAGCUAUUUCCAAUCCAAUCUUAAAAUCAGGCUGUUAAAUGUCCCCAAGGCCCAUGACUAAUAAAGAAAAUUCUCCAACUUCAGAGGAAGAACCGUUUGGAACUUUAUGGUCUAUUUAUCCACUGCAUUAAAGAAAAGGAAAGUGCUAUAGUAGACUAACUCGCGAAGUUGAAUGUGGGAAAAAGCGUCCUGAGGGUCUCAAGGUGCGGAGAAGUUGAUCCCAAGUAAUACCAACAGUAUAAUCAUAAAUUUCUUGCUUGUUUCUUCGCACACGUCCUUUUUUUCCCGUUUUUUUUUCGCAAUGAAUGCAUCCUUUUCUAAAAGUGCUUGUUUGGAGUCAAGAAUUUCAAAAAAGUAUGAAAAAAAAUUAUGCUGAGCAGCAAAACCCUCCCCGGGUCUAGCCUGCGAGCAAGGUCUCUCACUGCCCCACCCCACCCAAUCGCCCCCCCAAUCCCGGCAGCAAGCGACCUUGCUCGCAGGCUAGACCCCCCCCUUCCCUCCCCCUUCCCCCCUCCCAUCCCUCCCCUUCCCUUCCCUUCCCUCCCUCCUCCCAUCCCUCCGCCCUCUACCUAUCUACCUACCCCCCUCUACGUAUCUAUCUAUCUAUCUAUCUAUCUAUCUAUCUAUCUAUCUAUCUAUCUAUCUAUCUAUCUAUCUAUCUAUUUAUCUAUCUAUCUAUCUACCUACCCAUCUACCUAUCUACCUACCCGCCUCGCGCCUGCUGCCCUCCCCCCCGGCCCGCCCCCGGGCCGGUGUACCAACUUCCGCUUCCCAUACCCUUCCCAAGGCCUUUUUUCUUCCCUCUCCUCGCCCCAAGCCCUCCCAGAUCCAAGCCGGGCUUUUUUCUUUUUUUUUCCUUUUUCAUGCUAAUCAGGCGGGACUCGAACCCGACACCUCUUUGUUUUCCAGUUAAUUACCAAUUCAAUGCUUAUGCCAAUUGCGCUAUCCCGGCUCGGUUACAAAUUCAAUGGUUUUUUUGUAUGUUAUUCAUAUGCAAAUCAAAUUCUUGCCCCUCAUUGGCUGUUGAAAAUAAUGACAUCAUGAACCUUCGGCCCAGAGGUCCCUGAGGUUCCACAGGUCCAAGAACCAAAACAAACCAAAGUUUACCAAACAUAAUGGAAACUGUAGCCUUGUCGGCUUUGCAAAAAGCUUCUGUUCAUUGGAUUCUUGUAUCUUUCUGAACGCUCGUACAUUUAAAAAAAGCACUUAGCGCUUUCACGCUUUUCCGACGGGCAAUUUUGAUCUUCGCUGUACGUUUUGUAUGACAUUAAAAUACUUGAAAUGUCCGUCGGUGCGUUUGCUUUCAGUUGUGAUCACAAGAAACAGCUUCUGUACGGUUAAGAGUGAUCAACAUCAAUUUACAUUCUCGCUAUAUAUCCUAUCACUGAACAGUAUCAAUCAUAAAAGGCUGAAAAUAGAGGAAACUGCUCAGCAGGCGAAAACAUUGUGAUUUCUAAUCAAAUUCUCCUCGUUAGCGCCAGAUGAACGGUAAAGGAGUGAGUAUGGAGAAUGUACAUGUUAAUCUCACGCCAUUUACAAGUGUUCCUGCAACAAGCAAAAUUGAUCUGAUAAAUGAAAAACGCGAAAGUUAUGUCACUUUUGAUGGAUUUGGAGCCAGCAAUAUGACCCUUCGAAAACAAGAAAAACUGCGUUCUUCUCCAACUAGGCAACUACAGUACCCUAGUCUGAAUCUUGUACCCUUAUAACUGCAAUAGGAAAUCUGCAAGUAGCACUGUAAAUCAUACUAAAAUGCUACCGAUGCGACCGAAAACUUGUAAUAGAAUCAUGAAAUCAGACUGAAAGAUCAAAACAAGGUAAUAUCCUGCGUGUCCUACGGCAGGUGAAAGACGUUUUUUCCAGAAUGAAAUGUACUUACAUCCUCUUACUUGAGACAUCACAAGAGUCCCAGGGACAUUUCCAGGAGAUCUCCAUCAGUUUCAAACUUGACCCAAAAGUCAUUUGACAAGAUGGACCAAACAAACAUUGUUUGGCCGGCCUAUUGACGUUUAGAAAUUCCAUCAGGUCGUGUUUUUCUUUCGCAGGCAAGGUUAAUUCAAGCUAUUUCCAAUCCAAUCUUAAAAUCAGGCUGUUAAAUGUCCCCAAGGCCCAUGACUAAUAAAGAAAAUUCUCCAACUUCAGAGGAAGAACCGUUUGGAACUUUAUGGUCUAUUUAUCCACUGCAUUAAAGAAAAAAAGGAAAGUGCUAUAGUAGACUAACUCGCGAAGUUGAAUGUGGGAAAAAAGCGUCCUGAGGGUCUCAAGGUGCGGAGAAGUUGAUCCCAAGUAAUACCAACAGUAUAAUCAUAAAUUUCGCUUGUUUCUUCGCACACGUCCUUUUUUUCCCGUCUUUUUCUUACGCGAAUGCAUCCUUUUCUAAAAGUGCUUGUUUGGAGUCAAGAAUUUCAUAAAAGUAUGAAGAAAAAAAAUUAUGCUGAGCAGCAAAACCCUCCCCGGGUCUAGCCUGCGAGCAAGGUCUCUCACUGCCCCACCCCACCCAAUCGUCCCCCAAUCCCGGCAGCAAGAGACCCUUGCUCGCAGGCCCCCCCCUCCCUUCCCUUCCCUUCCCCCCCCAUCCCUCCCCUUCCCCCUUCCCUUCCCUCCCUCCUCCCAUCCCUCCGCCCUCUACCUAUCUACCUACCCCCUCUAUCUAUCUAUCUAUCUAUCUAUCUAUCUAUCUAUCUAUCUAUCUAUCUAUCUAUCUAUCUAUCUAUCUAUCUAUCUAUCUAUCUAUCUACCUACCCAUCUACCUAUCUACCUACCCGCCUGCCGCCUGCCUCCCUCCCCCCCGGCCCGCCCCCGGGCCGGUGUACCAACUUCCGCUUCCCAUACCCUUCCCAAGGCCUUUUUUCUUCCCUCUCCUCGCCCCAAGCCCUCCCAGAUCCAAGCCGGGCUUUUUUCUUUUUUUUUCCUUUUUCAUGCUAAUCAGGCGGGACUCGAACCCGACACCUCUUUGUUUUCCAGUUAAUUACCAAUUCAAUGCUUAUGCCAAUUGCGCUAUCCCGGCUCGGUUACAAAUUCAAUGGUUUUUUUGUAUGUUAUUCAUAUGCAAAUCAAAUUCUUGCCCCUCAUUGGCUGUUGAAAAUAAUGACAUCAUGAACCUUCGGCCCAGAGGUCCCUGAGGUUCCACAGGUCCCAGAACCAAAACAAACCAAAGUUUACCAAACAUAAUGGAAACUGUAGCCUUGUCGGCUUUGCAAAAAGCUUCUGUUCAUUGGAUUCUUGUAUCUUUCUGAACGCUCGUACAUUUAAAAAAAGCACUUAGCGCUUUCACGCUUUUCCGACGGGCAAUUUUGAUCUUCGCUGUACGUUUUGUAUGACAUUAAAAUACUUGAAAUGUCCGUCGGUGCGUUUGCUUUCAGUUGUGAUCACAAGAAACAGCUUCUGUACGGUUAAGAGUGAUCAACAUCAAUUUACAUUCUCGCUAUAUAUCCUAUCACUGAACAGUAUCAAUCAUAAAAGGCUGAAAAUAGAGGAAACUGCUCAGCAGGCGAAAACAUUGUGAUUUCUAAUCAAAUUCUCCUCGUUAGCGCCAGAUGAACGGUAAAGGAGUGAGUAUGGAGAAUGUACAUGUUAAUCUCACGCCAUUUACAAGUGUUCCUGCAACAAGCAAAAUUGAUCUGAUAAAUGAAAAACGCGAAAGUUAUGUCACUUUUGAUGGAUUUGGAGCCAGCAAUAUGACCCUUCGAAAACAAGAAAAACUGCGUUCUUCUCCAACUAGGCAACUACAGUACCCUAGUCUGAAUCUUGUACCCUUAUAACUGCAAUAGGAAAUCUGCAAGUAGCACUGUAAAUCAUACUAAAAUGCUACCGAUGCGACCGAAAACUUGUAAUAGAAUCAUGAAAUCAGACUGAAAGAUCAAAACAAGGUAAUAUCCUGCGUGUCCUACGGCAGGUGAAAGACGUUUUUUCCAGAAUGAAAUGUACUUACAUCCUCUUACUUGAGACAUCACAAGAGUCCCAGGGACAUUUCCAGGAGAUCUCCAUCAGUUUCAAACUUGACCCAAAAGUCAUUUGACAAGAUGGACCAAACAAACAUUGUUUGGCCGGCCUAUUGACGUUUAGAAAUUCCAUCAGGUCGUGUUUCUUUCGCAGGCAAGGUUAAUUCAAGCUAUUUCCAAUCCAAUCUUAAAAUCAGGCUGUUAAAUGUCCCCAAGGCCCAUGACUAAUAAAGAAAAUUCUCCAACUUCAGAGGAAGAACCGUUUGGAACUUCAUGGUCUAUUUAUCCACUGCAUUAAAAAAAAGGAAAGUGCUAUAGUAGACUAACUCGCGAAGUUGAAUGUGGGAAAAAGCGUCCUGAGGGUCUCAAGGUGCGGAGAAGUUGAUCCCAAGUAAUAACAACAGUAUAAUCAUAAAUUUCGCUUGUUUCUUCGCACACGUCUUUUUUUUUCCCGUCUUUUUUUCUUACGCGAAUGCAUCCUUUUCUAAAAGUGCUUGUUUGGAGUCAAGAAUUUCAUAAAAGUAUGAAGAAAAAAAAAAUUAUGCUGAGCAGCAAAACCCUCCCCGGGUCUAGCCUGCGAGCAAGGUCUCUCACUGCCCCACCCCACCCAAUCGUCCCCCAAUCCCGGCAGCAAGAGACCUUGCUCGCAGGCUAGACCCUCCCUUCCCUUCCCCUUCCCUUCCCCUCCCUCCCUCCCUUCCCUUCCCUCCUCCGCCCCCUCCCCUCCCAUCCCUCCGCCCCCUACCUAUCUACCCCCCCCCCCUCUAUCUAUCUAUCUAUCUAUCUAUCUAUCUAUCUAUCUAUCUAUCUAUCUAUCUAUCUAUCUAUCUAUCUUUAUCUAUCUAUCUAUCUACCUACCCAUCUACCUAUCUACCUACCCGCCUCGCGCCUGCUGCCCUCCCCCCCGGCCCGCCCCCGGGCCGGUGUACCAACUUCCGCUUCCCAUACCCUUCCCAAGGCCUUUUUUCUUCCCUCUCCUCGCCCCAAGCCCUCCCAGAUCCAAGCCGGGCUUUUUUCUAUUUUUUUCCUUUUUCAUGCUAAUCAGGCGGGACUCGAACCCGACACCUCUUUGUUUUCCAGUUAAUUACCAAUUCAAUGCUUAUGCCAAUUGCGCUAUCCCGGCUCGGUUACAAAUUCAAUGGUUUUUUUGUAUGUUAUUCAUAUGCAAAUCAAAUUCUUGCCCCUCAUUGGCUGUUGAAAAUAAUGACAUCAUGAACCUUCGGCCCAGAGGUCCCUGAGGUUCCACAGGUCCAAGAACCAAAACAAACCAAAGUUUACCAAACAUAAUGGAAACUGUAGCCUUGUCGGCUUUGCAAAAAGCUUCUGUUCAUUGGAUUCUUGUAUCUUUCUGAACGCUCGUACAUUUAAAAAAAGCACUUAGCGCUUUCACGCUUUUCCGACGGGCAAUUUUGAUCUUCGCUGUACGUUUUGUAUGACAUUAAAAUACUUGAAAUGUCCGUCGGUGCGUUUGCUUUCAGUUGUGAUCACAAGAAACAGCUUCUGUACGGUUAAGAGUGAUCAACAUCAAUUUACAUUCUCGCUAUAUAUCCUAUCACUGAACAGUAUCAAUCAUAAAAGGCUGAAAAUAGAGGAAACUGCUCAGCAGGCGAAAACAUUGUGAUUUCUAAUCAAAUUCUCCUCGUUAGCGCCAGAUGAACGGUAAAGGAGUGAGUAUGGAGAAUGUACAUGUUAAUCUCACGCCAUUUACAAGUGUUCCUGCAACAAGCAAAAUUGAUCUGAUAAAUGAAAAACGCGAAAGUUAUGUCACUUUUGAUGGAUUUGGAGCCAGCAAUAUGACCCUUCGAAAACAAGAAAAACUGCGUUCUUCUCCAACUAGGCAACUACAGUACCCUAGUCUGAAUCUUGUACCCUUAUAACUGCAAUAGGAAAUCUGCAAGUAGCACUGUAAAUCAUACUAAAAUGCUACCGAUGCGACCGAAAACUUGUAAUAGAAUCAUGAAAUCAGACUGAAAGAUCAAAACAAGGUAAUAUCCUGCGUGUCCUACGGCAGGUGAAAGACGUUUUUUCCAGAAUGAAAUGUACUUACAUCCUCUUACUUGAGACAUCACAAGAGUCCCAGGGACAUUUCAGGAGAUCUCCAUCAGUUUCAAACUUGACCCAAAAGUCAUUUGACAAGAUGGACCAAACAAACAUUGUUUGGCCGGCCUAUUGACGUUUAGAAAUUCCAUCAGGUCGUGUUUCUUUCGCAGGCAAGGUUAAUUCAAGCUAUUUCCAAUCCAAUCUUAAAAUCAGGCUGUUAAAUGUCCCCAAGGCCCAUGACUAAUAAAGAAAAUUCUCCAACUUCAGAGGAAGAACCGUUUGGAACUUUAUGGUCUAUUUAUCCACUGCAUUAAAGAAAAGGAAAGUGCUAUAGUAGACUAACUCGCGAAGUUGAAUGUGGGAAAAAGCGUCCUGAGGGUCUCAAGGUGCGGAGAAGUUGAUCCCAAGUAAUACCAACAGUAUAAUCAUAAAUUUCGCUUGUUUCUUCGCACACGUCCUUUUUUCCCGUCUUUUUCUUACGCGAAUGCAUCCUUUUCUAAAAGUGCUUGUUUGGAGUCAAGAAUUUCAUAAAAAAAGUAUGAAAAAAAAAAUUAUGCUGAGCAGCAAAACCCUCCCCGGGUCUAGCCUGCGAGCAAGGUCUCUCACUGCCCCACCCCACCCAAUCGUCCCCCAAUCCCGGCAGCAAGAGACCUUGCUCGCAGGCUAGACCCCCCCUCCCUUCCCCCCUCCCAUCCCCCUCCCUUCCCUUCCCUUCCCUUCCCUCCCUCCUCCCAUCCCUCCGCCCUCUACCUAUCUACCUACCCCCCUCUACGUAUCUACCUAUCUAUCUAUCUAUCUAUCUAUCUAUCUAUCUAUCUAUCUAUCUAUCUAUCUAUUUAUCUAUCUAUCUAUCUACCUACCCAUCUACCUAUCUACCUACCCGCCUCGCGCCUGCUGCCCUCCCCCCCGGCCCGCCCCCGGGCCGGUGUACCAACUUCCGCUUCCCAUACCCUUCCCAAGGCCUUUUUUCUUCCCUCUCCUCGCCCCAAGCCCUCCCAGAUCCAAGCCGGGCUUUUUUCUAUUUUUUUCCUUUUUCAUGCUAAUCAGGCGGGACUCGAACCCGACACCUCUUUGUUUUCCAGUUAAUUACCAAUUCAAUGCUUAUGCCAAUUGCGCUAUCCCGGCUCGGUUACAAAUUCAAUGGUUUUUUUGUAUGUUAUUCAUAUGCAAAUCAAAUUCUUGCCCCUCAUUGGCUGUUGAAAAUAAUGACAUCAUGAACCUUCGGCCCAGAGGUCCCUGAGGUUCCACAGGUCCAAGAACCAAAACAAACCAAAGUUUACCAAACAUAAUGGAAACUGUAGCCUUGUCGGCUUUGCAAAAAAAGCUUCUGUUCAUUGGAUUCUUGUAUCUUUCUGAACGCUCGUACAUUUAAAAAAAGCACUUAGCGCUUUCACGCUUUUCCGACGGGCAAUUUUGAUCUUCGCUGUACGUUUUGUAUGACAUUAAAAUACUUGAAAUGUCCGUCGGUGCGUUUGCUUUCAGUUGUGAUCACAAGAAACAGCUUCUGUACGGUUAAGAGUGAUCAACAUCAAUUUACAUUCUCGCUAUAUAUCCUAUCACUGAACAGUAUCAAUCAUAAAAGGCUGAAAAUAGAGGAAACUGCUCAGCAGGCGAAAACAUUGUGAUUUCUAAUCAAAUUCUCCUCGUUAGCGCCAGAUGAACGGUAAAGGAGUGAGUAUGGAGAAUGUACAUGUUAAUCUCACGCCAUUUACAAGUGUUCCUGCAACAAGCAAAAUUGAUCUGAUAAAUGAAAAACGCGAAAGUUAUGUCACUUUUGAUGGAUUUGGAGCCAGCAAUAUGACCCUUCGAAAACAAGAAAAACUGCGUUCUUCUCCAACUAGGCAACUACAGUACCCUAGUCUGAAUCUUGUACCCUUAUAACUGCAAUAGGAAAUCUGCAAGUAGCACUGUAAAUCAUACUAAAAUGCUACCGAUGCGACCGAAAACUUGUAAUAGAAUCAUGAAAUCAGACUGAAAGAUCAAAACAAGGUAAUAUCCUGCGUGUCCUACGGCAGGUGAAAGACGUUUUUCCAGAAUGAAAUGUACUUACAUCCUCUUACUUGAGACAUCACAAGAGUCCCAGGGACAUUUCAGGAGAUCUCCAUCAGUUUCAAACUUGACCCAAAAGUCAUUUGACAAGAUGGACCAAACAAACAUUGUUUGGCCGGCCUAUUGACGUUUAGAAAUUCCAUCAGGUCGUGUUUCUUUCGCAGGCAAGGUUAAUUCAAGCUAUUUCCAAUCCAAUCUUAAAAUCAGGCUGUUAAAUGUCCCCAAGGCCCAUGACUAAUAAAGAAAAUUCUCCAACUUCAGAGGAAGAACCGUUUGGAACUUUAUGGUCUAUUUAUCCACUGCAUUAAAGAAAAGGAAAGUGCUAUAGUAGACUAACUCGCGAAGUUGAAUGUGGGAAAAAAGCGUCCUGAGGGUCUCAAGGUGCGGAGAAGUUGAUCCCAAGUAAUACCAACAGUAUAAUCAUAAAUUUCGCUUGUUUCUUCGCACACGUCCUUUUUCCCGUCUUUUUCUUACGCGAAUGCAUCCUUUUCUAAAAGUGCUUGUUUGGAGUCAAGAAUUUCAUAUAUAAAGUAUGAAGAAAAAAAAAAAUUAUGCUGAGCAGCAAAACCCUCCCCGGGUCUAGCCUGCGAGCAAGGUCUCUCACUGCCCCACCCCACCCAAUCGUCCCCCAAUCCCGGCAGCAAGAGACCUUGCUCGCAGGCUAGACCCCCCCCUUCCCUUCCCUUCCCCCCCUCCCAUCCCUCCCUUCCCUUCCCUUCCCUCCCUCCUCCCAUCCCUCCGCCCCUACCUACCUACCUACCCCCCCUAUCUAUCUAUCUAUCUAUCUAUCUAUCUAUCUAUCUAUCUAUCUAUCUAUCUAUCUAUCUAUCUAUCUAUCUAUCUAUCUAUCUACCUACCCAUCUACCUAUCUACCUACCCGCCUCGCGCCUGCCUCCCCCCCGGCCCGCCCCCGGGCCGGUGUACCAACUUCCGCUUCCCAUACCCUUCCCAAGGCUUUUUUUUCUUCCCUCUCCUCGCCCCAAGCCCUCCCAGAUCCAAGCCGGGCUUUUUUCUUUUUUUUUUCCUUUUUCAUGCUAAUCAGGCGGGACUCGAACCCGACACCUCUUUGUUUUCCAGUUAAUUACCAAUUCAAUGCUUAUGCCAAUUGCGCUAUCCCGGCUCGGUUACAAAUUCAAUGGUUUUUUUUGUAUGUUAUUCAUAUGCAAAUCAAAUUCUUGCCCCUCAUUGGCUGUUGAAAAUAAUGACAUCAUGAACCUUCGGCCCAGAGGUCCCUGAGGUUCCACAGGUCCAAGAACCAAAACAAACCAAAGUUUACCAAACAUAAUGGAAACUGUAGCCUUGUCGGCUUUGCAAAAAGCUUCUGUUCAUUGGAUUCUUGUAUCUUUCUGAACGCUCGUACAUUUAAAAAAGCACUUAGCGCUUUCACGCUUUUCCGACGGGCAAUUUUGAUCUUCGCUGUACGUUUUGUAUGACAUUAAAAUACUUGAAAUGUCCGUCGGUGCGUUUGCUUUCAGUUGUGAUCACAAGAAACAGCUUCUGUACGGUUAAGAGUGAUCAACAUCAAUUUACAUUCUCGCUAUAUAUCCUAUCACUGAACAGUAUCAAUCAUAAAAGGCUGAAAAUAGAGGAAACUGCUCAGCAGGCGAAAACAUUGUGAUUUCUAAUCAAAUUCUCCUCGUUAGCGCCAGAUGAACGGUAAAGGGUGAGUAUGGAGAAUGUACAUGUUAAUCUCACGCCAUUUACAAGUGUUCCUGCAACAAGCAAAAUUGAUCUGAUAAAUGAAAAACGCGAAAGUUAUGUCACUUUUGAUGGAUUUGGAGCCAGCAAUAUGACCCUUCGAAAACAAGAAAAACUGCGUUCUUCUCCAACUAGGCAACUACAGUACCCUAGUCUGAAUCUUGUACCCUUAUAACUGCAAUAGGAAAUCUGCAAGUAGCACUGUAAAUCAUACUAAAAUGCUACCGAUGCGACCGAAAACUUGUAAUAGAAUCAUGAAAUCAGACUGAAAGAUCAAAACAAGGUAAUAUCCUGCGUGUCCUACGGCAGGUGAAAGACGUUUUUCAGAAUGAAAUGUACUUACAUCCUCUUACUUGAGACAUCACAAGAGUCCCAGGGACAUUUCAGGAGAUCUCCAUCAGUUUCAAACUUGACCCAAAAGUCAUUUGACAAGAUGGACCAAACAAACAUUGUUUGGCCGGCCUAUUGACGUUUAGAAAUUCCAUCAGGUCGUGUUUCUUUCGCAGGCAAGGUUAAUUCAAGCUAUUUCCAAUCCAAUCUUAAAAUCAGGCUGUUAAAUGUCCCCAAGGCCCAUGACUAAUAAAGAAAAUUCUCCAACUUCAGAGGAAGAACCGUUUGGAACUUUAUGGUCUAUUUAUCCACUGCAUUAAAGAAAAGGAAAGUGCUAUAGUAGACUAACUCGCGAAGUUGAAUGUGGGAAAAAAGCGUCCUGAGGGUCUCAAGGUGCGGAGAAGUUGAUCCCAAGUAAUACCAACAGUAUAAUCAUAAAUUUCGCUUGUUUCUUCGCACACGUCCUUUUUUUCCCGUCUUUUUCUUACGCGAAUGCAUCCUUUUCUAAAAGUGCUUGUUUGGAGUCAAGAAUUUCAUAAAAGUAUGAAGAAAAAAAAAAAUUAUGCUGAGCAGCAAAACCCUCCCCGGGUCUAGCCUGCGAGCAAGGUCUCUCACUGCCCCACCCCACCCAAUCGUCCCCCAAUCCCGGCAGCAAGAGACCUUGCUCGCAGGCUAGACCCCCUCCCUUCCUUCCCUUCCCCCCCCUCCCAUCCCUCCCUUCCCUUCCCUUCCUUCCUCCCUCCUCCCAUCCCUCCGCCCUCUACCUAUCUACCUACCCCCCUCUACGUAUCUAUCUAUCUAUCUAUCUAUCUAUCUAUCUAUCUAUCUAUCUAUCUAUCUAUCUAUCUAUCUAUCUAUCUAUCUAUCUAUCUACCUACCCAUCUACCUAUCUACCUACCCGCCUCGCGCCUGCCCUCCCCAGCCCGCCCCCGGGCCGGUGUACCAACUUCCGCUUCCCAUACCCUUCCCAAGGCCUUUUUCUUCCCCUCUCCUCGCCCCAAGCCCUCCCAGAUCCAAGCCGGGCUUUUUCUUUUUUUCCUUUUUCAUGCUAAUCAGGCGGGACUCGAACCCGACACCUCUUUGUUUUCCAGUUAAUUACCAAUUCAAUGCUUAUGCCAAUUGCGCUAUCCCGGCUCGGUUACAAAUUCAAUGGUUUUUUUGUAUGUUAUUCAUAUGCAAAUCAAAUUCUUGCCCCUCAUUGGCUGUUGAAAAUAAUGACAUCAUGAACCUUCGGCCCAGAGGUCCCUGAGGUUCCACAGGUCCAAGAACCAAAACAAACCAAAGUUUACCAAACAUAAUGGAAACUGUAGCCUUGUCGGCUUUGCAAAAAGCUUCUGUUCAUUGGAUUCUUGUAUCUUUCUGAACGCUCGUACAUUUAAAAAAAGCACUUAGCGCUUUCACGCUUUUCCGACGGGCAAUUUUGAUCUUCGCUGUACGUUUUGUAUGACAUUAAAAUACUUGAAAUGUCCGUCGGUGCGUUUGCUUUCAGUUGUGAUCACAAGAAACAGCUUCUGUACGGUUAAGAGUGAUCAACAUCAAUUUACAUUCUCGCUAUAUAUCCUAUCACUGAACAGUAUCAAUCAUAAAAGGCUGAAAAUAGAGGAAACUGCUCAGCAGGCGAAAACAUUGUGAUUUCUAAUCAAAUUCUCCUCGUUAGCGCCAGAUGAACGGUAAAGGGUGAGUAUGGAGAAUGUACAUGUUAAUCUCACGCCAUUUACAAGUGUUCCUGCAACAAGCAAAAUUGAUCUGAUAAAUGAAAAACGCGAAAGUUAUGUCACUUUUGAUGGAUUUGGAGCCAGCAAUAUGACCCUUCGAAAACAAGAAAAACUGCGUUCUUCUCCAACUAGGCAACUACAGUACCCUAGUCUGAAUCUUGUACCCUUAUAACUGCAAUAGGAAAUCUGCAAGUAGCACUGUAAAUCAUACUAAAAUGCUACCGAUGCGACCGAAAACUUGUAAUAGAAUCAUGAAAUCAGACUGAAAGAUCAAAACAAGGUAAUAUCCUGCGUGUCCUACGGCAGGUGAAAGACGUUUUUCAGAAUGAAAUGUACUUACAUCCUCUUACUUGAGACAUCACAAGAGUCCCAGGGACAUUUCAGGAGAUCUCCAUCAGUUUCAAACUUGACCCAAAAGUCAUUUGACAAGAUGGACCAAACAAACAUUGUUUGGCCGGCCUAUUGACGUUUAGAAAUUCCAUCAGGUCGUGUUUCUUUCGCAGGCAAGGUUAAUUCAAGCUAUUUCCAAUCCAAUCUUAAAAUCAGGCUGUUAAAUGUCCCCAAGGCCCAUGACUAAUAAAGAAAAUUCUCCAACUUCAGAGGAAGAACCGUUUGGAACUUUAUGGUCUAUUUAUCCACUGCAUUAAAGAAAAGGAAAGUGCUAUAGUAGACUAACUCGCGAAGUUGAAUGUGGGAAAAAAGCGUCCUGAGGGUCUCAAGGUGCGGAGAAGUUGAUCCCAAGUAAUACCAACAGUAUAAUCAUAAAUUUCGCUUGUUUCUUCGCACACGUCCUUUUUCCCGUUUUUUUCUUACGCGAAUGCAUCCUUUUCUAAAAGUGCUUGUUUGGAGUCAAGAAUUUCAUAAAAGUAUGAAGAAAAAAAAAAAAAAAUUAUGCUGAGCAGCAAAACCCUCCCCGGGUCUAGCCUGCGAGCAAGGUCUCUCACUGCCCCACCCCACCCAAUCGUCCCCCCAAUCCCGGCAGCAAGAGACCUUGCUCGCAGGCUAGACCCCCCCUCCCUUCCCUUCCCUUCCCCUCCCAUCCCUCCUUCCCUUCCCUUCCCUCCCUCCUCCCAUCCCUCCGCCCUCUACCUAUCUACCCCCCCCCCGUAUCUAUCUAUCUAUCUAUCUAUCUAUCUAUCUAUCUAUCUAUCUAUCUAUCUAUCUAUCUAUCUAUCUAUCUAUCUAUCUACCUAUCUACCUAUCUACCUAUCUACCUACCCGCCCGCGCGCCUGCCCUCCCCCCCCCGCCCCCGGGCCGGUGUACCAACUUUCCGCUUCCCAUACCCUUCCCAAGGCUUUUUUUUUCCCCUCUCCUCGCCCCAAGCCCUCCCAGAUCCAAGCCGGGCUUUUUUUCUUUUUUCCUUUUUCAUGCUAAUCAGGCGGGACUCGAACCCGACACCUCUUUGUUUUCCAGUUAAUUACCAAUUCAAUGCUUAUGCCAAUUGCGCUAUCCCGGCUCGGUUACAAAUUCAAUGGUUUUUUUGUAUGUUAUUCAUAUGCAAAUCAAAUUCUUGCCCCUCAUUGGCUGUUGAAAAUAAUGACAUCAUGAACCUUCGGCCCAGAGGUCCCUGAGGUUCCACAGGUCCAAGAACCAAAACAAACCAAAGUUUACCAAACAUAAUGGAAACUGUAGCCUUGUCGGCUUUGCAAAAAGCUUCUGUUCAUUGGAUUCUUGUAUCUUUCUGAACGCUCGUACAUUUAAAAAAAGCACUUAGCGCUUUCACGCUUUUCCGACGGGCAAUUUUGAUCUUCGCUGUACGUUUUGUAUGACAUUAAAAUACUUGAAAUGUCCGUCGGUGCGUUUGCUUUCAGUUGUGAUCACAAGAAACAGCUUCUGUACGGUUAAGAGUGAUCAACAUCAAUUUACAUUCUCGCUAUAUAUCCUAUCACUGAACAGUAUCAAUCAUAAAAGGCUGAAAAUAGAGGAAACUGCUCAGCAGGCGAAAACAUUGUGAUUUCUAAUCAAAUUCUCCUCGUUAGCGCCAGAUGAACGGUAAAGGGUGAGUAUGGAGAAUGUACAUGUUAAUCUCACGCCAUUUACAAGUGUUCCUGCAACAAGCAAAAUUGAUCUGAUAAAUGAAAAACGCGAAAGUUAUGUCACUUUUGAUGGAUUUGGAGCCAGCAAUAUGACCCUUCGAAAACAAGAAAAACUGCGUUCUUCUCCAACUAGGCAACUACAGUACCCUAGUCUGAAUCUUGUACCCUUAUAACUGCAAUAGGAAAUCUGCAAGUAGCACUGUAAAUCAUACUAAAAUGCUACCGAUGCGACCGAAAACUUGUAAUAGAAUCAUGAAAUCAGACUGAAAGAUCAAAACAAGGUAAUAUCCUGCGUGUCCUACGGCAGGUGAAAGACGUUUUUCAGAAUGAAAUGUACUUACAUCCUCUUACUUGAGACAUCACAAGAGUCCCAGGGACAUUUCAGGAGAUCUCCAUCAGUUUCAAACUUGACCCAAAAGUCAUUUGACAAGAUGGACCAAACAAACAUUGUUUGGCCGGCCUAUUGACGUUUAGAAAUUCCAUCAGGUCGUGUUUCUUUCGCAGGCAAGGUUAAUUCAAGCUAUUUCAAUCCAAUCUUAAAAUCAGGCUGUUAAAUGUCCCCAAGGCCCAUGACUAAUAAAGAAAAUUCUCCAACUUCAGAGGAAGAACCGUUUGGAACUUUAUGGUCUAUUUAUCCACUGCAUUAAAGAAAAGGAAAGUGCUAUAGUAGACUAACUCGCGAAGUUGAAUGUGGGAAAAAAGCGUCCUGAGGGUCUCAAGGUGCGGAGAAGUUGAUCCCAAGUAAUACCAACAGUAUAAUCAUAAAUUUUCGCUUGUUUCUUCGCACACGUCCUUUUUCCCGUCUUUUUCUUACGCGAAUGCAUCCUUUUCUAAAAGUGCUUGUUUGGAGUCAAGAAUUUCAUAAAAGUAUGAAAAAAAAAAAUUAUGCUGAGCAGCAAAACCCUCCCGGGUCUAGCCUGCGAGCAAGGUCUCUCACUGCCCCACCCCACCCAAUCGUCCCCCAAUCCCGGCAGCAAGAGACCUUGCUCGCAGGCUAGACCCCCUCCCUUCCUUCCCUUCCUUCCCCUCCCAUCCCUCCCCUUCCCUCCCUUCCCUCCCCCUCCUCCCAUCCCUCCGCCCUCUACCUAUCUACCUACCCCCCCCCUAUCUAUCUAUCUAUCUAUCUAUCUAUCUAUCUAUCUAUCUAUCUAUCUAUCUAUCUAUCUAUCUAUCUAUCUAUCUAUUUAUCUAUCUAUCUAUCUACCUACCCAUCUACCUAUCUACCUACCCGCCUCGCGCCUGCUGCCCUCCCCCCCCCCCCCCCGGGCGGUGUACCCCUCUUCCGCUUCCCAUACCCUUCCCAAGGCCUUUUUCUUCCCUCUCCUCGCCCCAAGCCCUCCCAGAUCCAAGCCGGGCUUUUUCUAUUUUUUCCUUUUUCAUGCUAAUCAGGCGGGACUCGAACCCGACACCUCUUUGUUUUCAGUUAAUUACCAAUUCAAUGCUUAUGCCAAUUGCGCUAUCCCGGCUCGGUUACAAAUUCAAUGGUUUUUUUUUUUUGUAUGUUAUUCAUAUGCAAAUCAAAUUCUUGCCCCUCAUUGGCUGUUGAAAAUAAUGACAUCAUGAACCUUCGGCCCAGAGGUCCCUGAGGUUCCACAGGUCCAAGAACCAAAACAAACCAAAGUUUACCAAACAUAAUGGAAACUGUAGCCUUGUCGGCUUUGCAAAAAGCUUCUGUUCAUUGGAUUCUUGUAUCUUUCUGAACGCUCGUACAUUUAAAAAAGCACUUAGCGCUUUCACGCUUUUCCGACGGGCAAUUUUGAUCUUCGCUGUACGUUUUGUAUGACAUUAAAAUACUUGAAAUGUCCGUCGGUGCGUUUGCUUUCAGUUGUGAUCACAAGAAACAGCUUCUGUACGGUUAAGAGUGAUCAACAUCAAUUUACAUUCUCGCUAUAUAUCCUAUCACUGAACAGUAUCAAUCAUAAAAGGCUGAAAAUAGAGGAAACUGCUCAGCAGGCGAAAACAUUGUGAUUUCUAAUCAAAUUCUCCUCGUUAGCGCCAGAUGAACGGUAAAGGGUGAGUAUGGAGAAUGUACAUGUUAAUCUCACGCCAUUUACAAGUGUUCCUGCAACAAGCAAAAUUGAUCUGAUAAAUGAAAAACGCGAAAGUUAUGUCACUUUUGAUGGAUUUGGAGCCAGCAAUAUGACCCUUCGAAAACAAGAAAAACUGCGUUCUUCUCCAACUAGGCAACUACAGUACCCUAGUCUGAAUCUUGUACCCUUAUAACUGCAAUAGGAAAUCUGCAAGUAGCACUGUAAAUCAUACUAAAAUGCUACCGAUGCGACCGAAAACUUGUAAUAGAAUCAUGAAAUCAGACUGAAAGAUCAAAACAAGGUAAUAUCCUGCGUGUCCUACGGCAGGUGAAAGACGUUUUUUCAGAAUGAAAUGUACUUACAUCCUCUUACUUGAGACAUCACAAGAGUCCCAGGGACAUUUCAGGAGAUCUCCAUCAGUUUCAAACUUGACCCAAAAGUCAUUUGACAAGAUGGACCAAACAAACAUUGUUUGGCCGGCCUAUUGACGUUUAGAAAUUCCAUCAGGUCGUGUUUCUUUCGCAGGCAAGGUUAAUUCAAGCUAUUUCCAAUCCAAUCUUAAAAUCAGGCUGUUAAAUGUCCCCAAGGCCCAUGACUAAUAAAGAAAAUUCUCCAACUUCAGAGGAAGAACCGUUUGGAACUUUAUGGUCUAUUUAUCCACUGCAUUAAAGAAAAGGAAAGUGCUAUAGUAGACUAACUCGCGAAGUUGAAUGUGGGAAAAAAGCGUCCUGAGGGUCUCAAGGUGUGCGGAGAAGUUGAUCCCAAGUAAUACCAACAGUAUAAUCAUAAAUUUCGCUUGUUUCUUCGCACACGUCCUUUUUUCCCGUCUUUUUCUUACGCGAAUGCAUCCUUUUCUAAAAGUGCUUGUUUGGAGUCAAGAAUUUCAUAAAAGUAUGAAGAAAAAAAAUUAUGCUGAGCAGCAAAACCCUCCCCGGGUCUAGCCUGCGAGCAAGGUCUCUCACUGCCCCACCCCACCCAAUCGUCCCCCCAAUCCCGGCAGCAAGAGACCUUGCUCGCAGGCUAGACCCCCCUCCCUUCCCUUCCCUUCCCCCUCCCAUCCCUCCCCUUCCCUUCCCUUCCCUCCCUCCUCCCAUCCCUCCGCCCUCUACCUAUCUACCUACCCCCCUCUACGUAUCUAUCUAUCUAUCUAUCUAUCUAUCUAUCUAUCUAUCUAUCUAUCUAUCUAUCUAUUUAUCUAUCUAUCUAUUAUCUAUCUAUCUAUCUACCUACCCAUCUACCUAUCUACCUACCCGCCUCGCGCCUGCUGCCCUCCCCCCCGGCCCGCCCCGGGCCGGUGUACCAACUUCCGCUUCCCAUACCCUUCCCAAGGCCUUUUUCUUCCCUCUCCUCGCCCCAAGCCCUCCCAGAUCCAAGCCGGGCUUUUUCUAUUUUUUCCUUUUUCAUGCUAAUCAGGCGGGACUCGAACCCGACACCUCUUUGUUUUUCAGUUAAUUACCAAUUCAAUGCUUAUGCCAAUUGCGCUAUCCCGGCUCGGUUACAAAUUCAAUGGUUUUUUUGUAUGUUAUUCAUAUGCAAAUCAAAUUCUUGCCCCUCAUUGGCUGUUGAAAAUAAUGACAUCAUGAACCUUCGGCCCAGAGGUCCCUGAGGUUCCACAGGUCCAGAACCAAAACAAACCAAAGUUUACCAAACAUAAUGGAAACUGUAGCCUUGUCGGCUUUGCAAAAAGCUUCUGUUCAUUGGAUUCUUGUAUCUUUCUGAACGCUCGUACAUUAAAAAAAGCACUUAGCGCUUUCACGCUUUUCCGACGGGCAAUUUUGAUCUUCGCUGUACGUUUUGUAUGACAUUAAAAUACUUGAAAUGUCCGUCGGUGCGUUUGCUUUCAGUUGUGAUCACAAGAAACAGCUUCUGUACGGUUAAGAGUGAUCAACAUCAAUUUACAUUCUCGCUAUAUAUCCUAUCACUGAACAGUAUCAAUCAUAAAAGGCUGAAAAAAAGGAAACUGCUCAGCAGGCGAAAACAUUGUGAUUUCUAAUCAAAUUCUCCUCGUUAGCGCCAGAUGAACGGUAAAGGGUGAGUAUGGAGAAUGUACAUGUUAAUCUCACGCCAUUUACAAGUGUUCCUGCAACAAGCAAAAUUGAUCUGAUAAAUGAAAAACGCGAAAGUUAUGUCACUUUUGAUGGAUUUGGAGCCAGCAAUAUGACCCUUCGAAAACAAGAAAAACUGCGUUCUUCUCCAACUAGGCAACUACAGUACCCUAGUCUGAAUCUUGUACCCUUAUAACUGCAAUAGGAAAUCUGCAAGUAGCACUGUAAAUCAUACUAAAAUGCUACCGAUGCGACCGAAAACUUGUAAUAGAAUCAUGAAAUCAGACUGAAAGAUCAAAACAAGGUAAUAUCCUGCGUGUCCUACGGCAGGUGAAAGACGUUUUUUCAGAAUGAAAUGUACUUACAUCCUCUUACUUGAGACAUCACAAGAGUCCCAGGGACAUUUCAGGAGAUCUCCAUCAGUUUCAAACUUGACCCAAAAGUCAUUUGACAAGAUGGACCAAACAAACAUUGUUUGGCCGGCCUAUUGACGUUUAGAAAUUCCAUCAGGUCGUGUUUCUUUCGCAGGCAAGGUUAAUUCAAGCUAUUUCCAAUCCAAUCUUAAAAUCAGGCUGUUAAAUGUCCCCAAGGCCCAUGACUAAUAAAGAAAAUUCUCCAACUUCAGAGGAAGAACCGUUUGGAACUUUAUGGUCUAUUUAUCCACUGCAUUAAAGAAAAGGAAAGUGCUAUAGUAGACUAACUCGCGAAGUUGAAUGUGGGAAAAAGCGUCCUGAGGGUCUCAAGGUGCGGAGAAGUUGAUCCCAAGUAAUACCAACAGUAUAAUCAUAAAUUUCGCUUGUUUCUUCGCACACGUCCUUUUUUCCCGUCUUUUUCUUACGCGAAUGCAUCCUUUUCUAAAAGUGCUUGUUUGGAGUCAAGAAUUUCAUAAAAGUAUGAAGAAAAAAAAUUAUGCUGAGCAGCAAAACCCUCCCCGGGUCUAGCCUGCGAGCAAGGUCUCUCACUGCCCCACCCCACCCAAUCGUCCCCCCAAUCCCGGCAGCAAGAGACCUUGCUCGCAGGCUAGACCCCCCUCCCUUCCCUUCCCUUCCCCCUCCCAUCCCUCCCCUUCCCUUCCCUUCCCUCCCUCCUCCCAUCCCUCCGCCCUCUACCUAUCUACCUACCCCCCUCUACGUAUCUAUCUAUCUAUCUAUCUAUCUAUCUAUCUAUCUAUUUAUCUAUCUAUCUAUCUACCUACCCAUCUACCUAUCUACCUACCCGCCUCGCGCCUGCUGCCCUCCCCCCCGGCCCGCCCCCGGGCCGGUGUACCAACUUCCGCUUCCCAUACCCUUCCCAAGGCCUUUUUUCUUCCCUCUCCUCGCCCCAAGCCCUCCCAGAUCCAAGCCGGGCUUUUUUCUAUUUUUUUCCUUUUUCAUGCUAAUCAGGCGGGACUCGAACCCGACACCUCUUUGUUUUCCAGUUAAUUACCAAUUCAAUGCUUAUGCCAAUUGCGCUAUCCCGGCUCGGUUACAAAUUCAAUGGUUUUUUUGUAUGUUAUUCAUAUGCAAAUCAAAUUCUUGCCCCUCAUUGGCUGUUGAAAAUAAUGACAUCAUGAACCUUCGGCCCAGAGGUCCCUGAGGUUCCACAGGUCCAAGAACCAAAACAAACCAAAGUUUACCAAACAUAAUGGAAACUGUAGCCUUGUCGGCUUUGCAAAAAGCUUCUGUUCAUUGGAUUCUUGUAUCUUUCUGAACGCUCGUACAUUUAAAAAAAGCACUUAGCGCUUUCACGCUUUUCCGACGGGCAAUUUUGAUCUUCGCUGUACGUUUUGUAUGACAUUAAAAUACUUGAAAUGUCCGUCGGUGCGUUUGCUUUCAGUUGUGAUCACAAGAAACAGCUUCUGUACGGUUAAGAGUGAUCAACAUCAAUUUACAUUCUCGCUAUAUAUCCUAUCACUGAACAGUAUCAAUCAUAAAAGGCUGAAAAUAGAGGAAACUGCUCAGCAGGCGAAAACAUUGUGAUUUCUAAUCAAAUUCUCCUCGUUAGCGCCAGAUGAACGGUAAAGGGUGAGUAUGGAGAAUGUACAUGUUAAUCUCACGCCAUUUACAAGUGUUCCUGCAACAAGCAAAAUUGAUCUGAUAAAUGAAAAACGCGAAAGUUAUGUCACUUUUGAUGGAUUUGGAGCCAGCAAUAUGACCCUUCGAAAACAAGAAAAACUGCGUUCUUCUCCAACUAGGCAACUACAGUACCCUAGUCUGAAUCUUGUACCCUUAUAACUGCAAUAGGAAAUCUGCAAGUAGCACUGUAAAUCAUACUAAAAUGCUACCGAUGCGACCGAAAACUUGUAAUAGAAUCAUGAAAUCAGACUGAAAGAUCAAAACAAGGUAAUAUCCUGCGUGUCCUACGGCAGGUGAAAGACGUUUUUUCAGAAUGAAAUGUACUUACAUCCUCUUACUUGAGACAUCACAAGAGUCCCAGGGACAUUUCAGGAGAUCUCCAUCAGUUUCAAACUUGACCCAAAAGUCAUUUGACAAGAUGGACCAAACAAACAUUGUUUGGCCGGCCUAUUGACGUUUAGAAAUUCCAUCAGGUCGUGUUUCUUUCGCAGGCAAGGUUAAUUCAAGCUAUUUCCAAUCCAAUCUUAAAAUCAGGCUGUUAAAUGUCCCCAAGGCCCAUGACUAAUAAAGAAAAUUCUCCAACUUCAGAGGAAGAACCGUUUGGAACUUUAUGGUCUAUUUAUCCACUGCAUUAAAGAAAAGGAAAGUGCUAUAGUAGACUAACUCGCGAAGUUGAAUGUGGGAAAAAAGCGUCCUGAGGGUCUCAAGGUGCGGAGAAGUUGAUCCCAAGUAAUACCAACAGUAUAAUCAUAAAUUUCGCUUGUUUCUUCGCACACGUCCUUUUUCCCCCGUUUUUUCUUACGCGAAUGCAUCCUUUUCUAAAAGUGCUUGUUUGGAGUCAAGAAUUUCAUAAAAGUAUGAAAAAAAAAAAAUUAUGCUGAGCAGCAAAACCCUCCCCGGGUCUAGCCUGCGAGCAAGGUCUCUCACUGCCCCACCCCACCCAAUCGUCCCCCAAUCCCGGCAGCAAGAGACCUUGCUCGCAGGCUAGACCCCCUCCCUUCCCUUCCCCUCCCCUCCCAUCCCUCCCCUUCCCUUCCCUUCCCUCCCUCCUCCCAUCCCUCCGCCCUCUACCUAUCUACCUACCCCCUCUAUCUAUCUAUCUAUCUAUCUAUCUAUCUAUCUAUCUAUCUAUCUUUCUAUCUAUCUAUCUAUCUAUCUAUCUAUUUAUCUAUCUAUCUAUCUACCUACCCAUCUACCUAUCUACCUACCCGCCUCGCGCCUGCUGCCCUCCCCGGCCCGCCCCGGGCCGGGUACCAACUUCCGCUUCCCAUACCCUUCCCAAGGCCUUUUUUUCUUCCCUCUCCUCGCCCCAAGCCCUCCCAGAUCCAAGCCGGGCUUUUUCUAUUUUUUUCCUUUUUCAUGCUAAUCAGGCGGGACUCGAACCCGACACCUCUUUGUUUUCCAGUUAAUUACCAAUUCAAUGCUUAUGCCAAUUGCGCUAUCCCGGCUCGGUUACAAAUUCAAUGGUUUUUUUUUGUAUGUUAUUCAUAUGCAAAUCAAAUUCUUGCCCCUCAUUGGCUGUUGAAAAUAAUGACAUCAUGAACCUUCGGCCCAGAGGUCCCUGAGGUUCCACAGGUCCAAGAACCAAAACAAACCAAAGUUUACCAAACAUAAUGGAAACUGUAGCCUUGUCGGCUUUGCAAAAAGCUUCUGUUCAUUGGAUUCUUGUAUCUUUCUGAACGCUCGUACAUUUAAAAAAGCACUUAGCGCUUUCACGCUUUUCCGACGGGCAAUUUUGAUCUUCGCUGUACGUUUUGUAUGACAUUAAAAUACUUGAAAUGUCCGUCGGUGCGUUUGCUUUCAGUUGUGAUCACAAGAAACAGCUUCUGUACGGUUAAGAGUGAUCAACAUCAAUUUACAUUCUCGCUAUAUAUCCUAUCACUGAACAGUAUCAAUCAUAAAAGGCUGAAAAUAGAGGAAACUGCUCAGCAGGCGAAAACAUUGUGAUUUCUAAUCAAAUUCUCCUCGUUAGCGCCAGAUGAACGGUAAAGGAGUGAGUAUGGAGAAUGUACAUGUUAAUCUCACGCCAUUUACAAGUGUUCCUGCAACAAGCAAAAUUGAUCUGAUAAAUGAAAAACGCGAAAGUUAUGUCACUUUUGAUGGAUUUGGAGCCAGCAAUAUGACCCUUCGAAAACAAGAAAAACUGCGUUCUUCUCCAACUAGGCAACUACAGUACCCUAGUCUGAAUCUUGUACCCUUAUAACUGCAAUAGGAAAUCUGCAAGUAGCACUGUAAAUCAUACUAAAAUGCUACCGAUGCGACCGAAAACUUGUAAUAGAAUCAUGAAAUCAGACUGAAAGAUCAAAACAAGGUAAUAUCCUGCGUGUCCUACGGCAGGUGAAAGACGUUUUUUCCAGAAUGAAAUGUACUUACAUCCUCUUACUUGAGACAUCACAAGAGUCCCAGGGACAUUUUCAGGAGAUCUCCAUCAGUUUCAAACUUGACCCAAAAGUCAUUUGACAAGAUGGACCAAACAAACAUUGUUUGGCCGGCCUAUUGACGUUUAGAAAUUCCAUCAGGUCGUGUUUCUUUCGCAGGCAAGGUUAAUUCAAGCUAUUUCCAAUCCAAUCUUAAAAUCAGGCUGUUAAAUGUCCCCAAGGCCCAUGACUAAUAAAGAAAAUUCUCCAACUUCAGAGGAAGAACCGUUUGGAACUUUAUGGUCUAUUUAUCCACUGCAUUAAAGAAAAGGAAAGUGCUAUAGUAGACUAACUCGCGAAGUUGAAUGUGGGAAAAAGCGUCCUGAGGGUCUCAAGGUGCGGAGAAGUUGAUCCCAAGUAAUACCAACAGUAUAAUCAUAAAUUUCGCUUGUUUCUUCGCACACGUCCUUUUUUCCCGUCUUUUUCUUACGCGAAUGCAUCCUUUUCUAAAAGUGCUUGUUUGGAGUCAAGAAUUUCAUAAAAGUAUGAAGAAAAAAAAUUAUGCUGAGCAGCAAAACCCUCCCCGGGUCUAGCCUGCGAGCAAGGUCUCUCACUGCCCCACCCCACCCAAUCGUCCCCCCAAUCCCGGCAGCAAGAGACCUUGCUCGCAGGCUAGACCCUUCCCUUCCCUUCCCUUCCCCUCCCUUCCAUCCCUCCCCUUCCCUUCCCUUCCCUCCCUCCUCCCAUCCCUCCGCCCUCUACCUAUCUACCUACCCCCCUAUCUAUCUAUCUAUCUGUAUCUAUCUAUCUAUCUAUCUAUCUAUCUAUCUAUCUAUCUAUCUAUCUAUUUAUCUAUCUAUCUAUCUACCUACCCAUCUACCUAUCUACCUACCCGCCUCGCGCCUGCUGCCCUCCCCCCCGGCCCGCCCCCGGGCCGGUGUACCAACUUCCGCUUCCCAUACCCUUCCCAAGGCCUUUUUUCUUCCCUCUCCUCGCCCCAAGCCCUCCCAGAUCCAAGCCGGGCUUUUUUCUAUUUUUUUCCUUUUUCAUGCUAAUCAGGCGGGACUCGAACCCGACACCUCUUUGUUUUCCAGUUAAUUACCAAUUCAAUGCUUAUGCCAAUUGCGCUAUCCCGGCUCGGUUACAAAUUCAAUGGUUUUUUUGUAUGUUAUUCAUAUGCAAAUCAAAUUCUUGCCCCUCAUUGGCUGUUGAAAAUAAUGACAUCAUGAACCUUCGGCCCAGAGGUCCCUGAGGUUCCACAGGUCCAAGAACCAAAACAAACCAAAGUUUACCAAACAUAAUGGAAACUGUAGCCUUGUCGGCUUUGCAAAAAGCUUCUGUUCAUUGGAUUCUUGUAUCUUUCUGAACGCUCGUACAUUUAAAAAGCACUUAGCGCUUUCACGCUUUUCCGACGGGCAAUUUUGAUCUUCGCUGUACGUUUUGUAUGACAUUAAAAUACUUGAAAUGUCCGUCGGUGCGUUUGCUUUCAGUUGUGAUCACAAGAAACAGCUUCUGUACGGUUAAGAGUGAUCAACAUCAAUUUACAUUCUCGCUAUAUAUCCUAUCACUGAACAGUAUCAAUCAUAAAAGGCUGAAAAUAGAGGAAACUGCUCAGCAGGCGAAAACAUUGUGAUUUCUAAUCAAAUUCUCCUCGUUAGCGCCAGAUGAACGGUAAAGGAGUGAGUAUGGAGAAUGUACAUGUUAAUCUCACGCCAUUUACAAGUGUUCCUGCAACAAGCAAAAUUGAUCUGAUAAAUGAAAAACGCGAAAGUUAUGUCACUUUUGAUGGAUUUGGAGCCAGCAAUAUGACCCUUCGAAAACAAGAAAAAACUGCGUUCUUCUCCAACUAGGCAACUACAGUACCCUAGUCUGAAUCUUGUACCCUUAUAACUGCAAUAGGAAAUCUGCAAGUAGCACUGUAAAUCAUACUAAAAUGCUACCGAUGCGACCGAAAACUUGUAAUAGAAUCAUGAAAUCAGACUGAAAGAUCAAAACAAGGUAAUAUCCUGCGUGUCCUACGGCAGGUGAAAGACGUUUUUCCAGAAUGAAAUGUACUUACAUCCUCUUACUUGAGACAUCACAAGAGUCCCAGGGACAUUUCCAGGAGAUCUCCAUCAGUUUCAAACUUGACCCAAAAGUCAUUUGACAAGAUGGACCAAACAAACAUUGUUUGGCCGGCCUAUUGACGUUUAGAAAUUCCAUCAGGUCGUGUUUCUUUCGCAGGCAAGGUUAAUUCAAGCUAUUUCCAAUCCAAUCUUAAAAUCAGGCUGUUAAAUGUCCCCAAGGCCCAUGACUAAUAAAGAAAAUUCUCCAACUUCAGAGGAAGAACCGUUUGGAACUUUAUGGUCUAUUUAUCCACUGCAUUAAAGAAAAGGAAAGUGCUAUAGUAGACUAACUCGCGAAGUUGAAUGUGGGAAAAAGCGUCCUGAGGGUCUCAAGGUGCGGAGAAGUUGAUCCCAAGUAAUACCAACAGUAUAAUCAUAAAUUUCGCUUGUUUCUUCGCACACGUCCUUUUUUCCCGUCUUUUUCUUACGCGAAUGCAUCCUUUUCUAAAAGUGCUUGUUUGGAGUCAAGAAUUUCAUAAAAGUAUGAAGAAAAAAAAUUAUGCUGAGCAGCAAAACCCUCCCCGGGUCUAGCCUGCGAGCAAGGUCUCUCACUGCCCCACCCCACCCAAUCGUCCCCCCAAUCCCGGCAGCAAGAGACCUUGCUCGCAGGCUAGACCCUUCCCUUCCCCCUCCCAUCCCUCCCCUUCCCUUCCCUUCCCUCCCUCCUCCCAUCCCUCCGCCCUCUACCUAUCUACCUACCCCCCUCUACGUAUCUAUCUAUCUAUCUAUCUAUCUAUCUAUCUAUCUAUCUAUCUAUCUAUCUAUCUAUUUAUCUAUCUAUCUAUCUACCUACCCAUCUACCUAUCUACCUA